UUAUCAUUUCUAUUGUAUAAUCUAAUGAUGAGUUCAUUUAAUCUGGCAAUUCUAUUCAUUGUAACUAUUGCAUUACAAUUAUGUUUAGGUUUUGGUGGAAUUGAUCAUAUCGACAAAGAUAGGCAUUCUAUUUUAAAUGAAACUCUAAUUAACAAGUCGGUUAUUCUUGUGAAUAAAAUAAUAAAUUCAAAUUUUUGGUAUGCACAAACUAAUAUUACUAAUAUAACAAUACAAAUUGUAAAUGGUUUAUUAUUACAAUAUAAUUUACAUCUUACACGUACUAAUUGUACAAAACAUAAUAGGAUGAUGCAAAAGAUUAAAAAUAAUCAAACGGUUCGAUGUCAAUUCAAUCAUAAUACUACUGGUCUGGUGUGUCAAAUUCAAAUUUUACUUCAACCAUGGACGAAGCAACAUUAUCGAAUGACGAUUAAGAGCUGUAACCCAGAGAUGAAAUCAAUGAAUAACAUGAAAUAUCCUCCGAAACAACAUCAACCAAUGAUUCCUUACCAUCAACCAUAAUCAAUAAUAAACAAUCGAGUAUUAUUUUAAAGUGUUUAAUUCUACUAAGAAUUAUUAUUAAGAAAAUAAUUUGUAACUU